AUGAACUUCCUCAUCGUCGCUGUGGCGCUUGUCGCUGCGCAGGGCGGCUUCAUCUACGGUUUCGACUCUGGGAUCAUUGCCACAACAUUUGGCCAUGAUAGCUUUAAGCUUAAAAUGUAUGGACCUUCGAUGGUCAACACCGCUUAUACAGGCGCCAUCGUCUCCGUCUAUAACGCAGGCCAGGCCAUCGGCGGUAUGACCUGCGGUUACCUUGCGGAUAAGUUCAGUCGAAAGUACACGAUUCUCUUCGCAUCGAUUUUGACCAUUAUUGGCUCCGUCCUCCAAUGUGCCGCGAUGGAAGUCGGUAUGAUGAUUGCCGGACGUCUGAUUGCAGGCAUAGGUUGCGGAGAGCUCCUUUCCGUCGUCCCCAUCUACCUCGCCGAAGUUGCACCACCCGCUCGACGUGGUCUCCUCGUCGGUCUCCAGGGCAUGAUGAUAGCGUGCGGCUUCGGGCUCGCAAACUGGGUUGGUUUCGCUGGUGCAUUCGCCUCGGGAGACGGCCAAUGGCGGAUUCCACUGGCAAUGCAGCUCCCCAUCCCGGUCGUGCUCUCGGUCAUGGUCUUCUUCGUGCCCUUCUCGCCCCGUUGGUUGAUUCUCCGCGACCGGUACGAAGAAGCCAAGACUGUGUUGGCAAGCCUCCACGGUGCGGCCGACAACGACGACUUGGUCGGCCGAGAACUCAUCCAGAUCAGAGAGCAAAUUCUCAUGGAAAAGCAACAAGGCAACAUGGGCUGGAUCGCAGCCAUGGGACAGAUGUUCUCACGAAAGUACAUCCGGCGUACUCUUACGGCUGCUUUCAUCGUCACCAUGGGUCAACUCAGCGGUUCGUCGGUCAUUCAGAACUUCCAAAACAUCUUCUAUGCCACGGUUGGCUUCACCGGCCGCACUGCUCUUCUGAUUAGCGGUGCAUACGGUAUGAUGGGUAUCAUUGGCCAGGUCAUCUACCUCGUCGUCGUAGCAGACCGCUGGCCACGAACGCGUACGCUUUGGAGCGGAUCUUUGGUUCUGAGUGUCAUGAUUGCUCUCUGCAUGGCCUUGAGUGCGGUCUACGGCACCCAGGACAAUGAGAAUGCCGCAGGAGCCCGAGCCGCCAUCGCAGCAAUCUUCCUCUACUCCAUGUGCUACGCCAUCUUCUUCAAUGCCAUGAUUUGGGUUGUUCCCUCAGAGCUGUUCCCAUUCUUCCUGCGAACAAAGGGCCUCGCGUUUGCGGUGGCUGCGAAGUCGGUAACUGCCAUUGUUCUCUCGCAGAUCACCCCUCUUGCCAUCGCCAACGUCAGCUGGAGAUAUUACUCCCUUUUCAUUGCGACCAACCUAGCUGCUGCUGUUUUCUAUUUCUUCUUCCUCCCCGAGACGUCUGGAAAAUCCCUCGAAGAGAUUGCAGAGUUAUUCGGAGAUGAUCUGGCGACGAAUCGUCUCGGCGAGCUUGAUGUAGAUGCCAAGAACGGGAUUGGGCCUGAAACUGAGUUCCACGAGUUCUCUGAGCGACAGCCGGACACUCGGGAUGAAGAUGUGCCAAAUCGCGUCUAA